AAUUACAAAAUUUAUAUAUAUUCAAAUAUAAUACAAAUAUACAGUAUAAAAUGUUUUUGUAAAUUAUAUUUAAAUACUUAUUUUUUAAUAAUUUUUUUUUGUAUGUAAUAAAUUUUUGAUCAAGAUGUAAGCGUAGUUAAUACUAAUUUAAAUAAACAUAAAAAUUAGACUGAUUAAAAUGAUGUUUGGAGAACAUUCAAAAACUAAAUUUAUUGAAGAAACAAGAGCAGCCAGAGUAGAAAGAGCAAAUGAUCGAAAGCGUGAAGAAUCUGCUAUUAUUAUUCAGUCUCUAAUAAGAGGAUGGCUUUCUCGAAGAAGAAUUCAUAACAAUACACUAAAACAAUUUGAGGAAAUAUUUAAUAAUUCAGAUGAUUUAAAGCCAGCAACUCAUGUAUACUUAAUUUCUAAAAAGUUUUUGGAUCAUUGGAAUGAAAAACGUGAUAAACAACAAUUUGAAAAAUUUUGCAAAUAUAUUAUACGUAGUCUUGAGAGUGAAUCUCUAAAAUUCAGUUAUGUGUCUGUUGCACUUACUAAAGAACAUGCAGUUAGUUGGAUAAAACAUGUCAAGGAAAUUCUUUCUGUUUGUCUUAUAUAUCUAUCUAAUUUUCAAACAAAAACAUUAGGUGAUUCAUCUUUUUUACAUACAUUACUUCAUAUGAUUGUUUCAUUCACAUCUACUUCUAUGUGGAUUGCCCUAACUUCAAACAAAACAUUACAAGGAUUAAAACAUGGUUUAGAACGAUUAACUGAAAAUUUAGUAGCUCAUUUGUUAGCAAAAAAUGUUUUUAAUACAAUGCAGACAUUACUAAUAAAUGGAUUCCUAGGAUCAAAGAUUUUAUUGAAGCCUGUUUCAAUGACUGCAAUCAUGACAAUAUGUUGGCGGUGUUUAGUUUUAAGUAACUUUUCUCAGUGUAUUUUUCAAUUAUUUGUUGUGGAAAUAUAUUCUUUGCCAUUACUUCUUGAAAAUUUGGUUACGUAUUCUCCAAAAUUAAUAACAACAUUUCAAUCAGGUAAUUUACUUGAAAAAAUAUUGAACAUUUUGAUGGAUCAAUCUCAAUGUAAUGAAAUUUUUCAAUCAUUGCAACCUAGUUGGAGUUUAUCAUUGAUUGCAAAUGUCAUUCAUUUAGCUGAGCUUAGUACUGAAAUUGAAGAAUUCGAAAAUAUUUGUUUUCCAACCUUUGUGGUUGGUUUGACUUCAUUUCUAGAGACUAUUAGAGUGUAUAUUACUAAAAAACAAUCUAAUGUUUCAAGUGUAUGGCACCCUGAACUAGGAUGGUUUACAGCUAAUCCAAAGUGUCAAUGUUCUCCAAACAUCCCACCAUUAAAAAAUCAAUUAAUACUCUUAUGGUGUGGAAAAUUAUGCACAAAACUUUUACGAUCUCAUUUAGUUAAGGCAUUAGAAACUAUACCUGAUCAUCAACAAGUACCAUCACCCCCCCCUAAAUCUAACAAUCCAAUUAUUUUUAUAAAAAAAGCUUUGGACAUUAGACCAUCUAAUAUAAACUAUACGAGUUCAAAACUGACCGAUAUACACGGAACAAAAGUUGUCGCUGGGUGUAAUUUAUAUUUUAUGUGUCUUAAAACAAUAACUCAACUUAGGCUUGAUAUAAUUACUGGUCUAUGUUACCAUGAAGAUACUUUAUUUUUAUUGUGGAGAUUUCUAGCAUUUUUAGAUUCACAUUGUGGUAUUAAAAAUUUAUUAAAUAUAUUAGAAAAUGAUAAAUACUGUACUUCUAGUGAAUUACGCAUGGUACAACUAUUUUGUGAUUGUAUGUCUCACUAUAUAACUAUUCUUGACGAUAUUGAAAUGUAUGAACAACAAAAACCAUUUGUAUUACGUGAUUACAUUUUAAUGUCAAGUUUUUUAAAUAUUUUUCUUUACAAAGGAAUAUCUCAAAAUUUAUUUGAUAUUCAAGAUAUGGGUCCUAACAGUCUAUUUCGUUCAUGCCAUACACUUCUUAUGGUACUUUAUCGUAGAGACUGUAGGAGAAAAUUUGCACCAAAUGAUCAUUGGUUAAUUGGUGAUCUUAAAUCAUCUUCAUUUUUAAAUGAACUUAACAAAGGCCGCAAAACACAUUUGAUUUUAAUUCAAGAAAUGCCCCAUAUAAUAUCACAUGAAGUACGUGUAAGACUAUUUAGAAAAUAUGUAGCUAAUGAUAAAUCUGCAUUAGGUGUUAGUCAAUAUGAUGCACUUCAUCCUACUAUUAUAACUAUUCGAAGGAACCGUAUAAUUGAAGAUGGCUAUGUAUAUGUAUCAGAAAUGUCUCCAAAGAGUUUCAAAGGUACAAUAAGAGUUAAAUUUAUAAAUGAACAAGGACUAGAUGAAGCAGGAAUUGAUCAGGAUGGAGUUUUUAAAGAAUUUCUGGAAGAAACUAUAAAAAAAGUAUUUGAUCCAUCUUUAAACUUGUUCAGAACAACGGAAGAACAAAGAUUAUAUCCUUCACCUUCAUCAAAUGUUCAAGAAAAUCAUUUAAAUUUAUUUGAAUUUGUUGGUCGAAUUUUAGGAAAAGCUGUUUAUGAAGGAAUUGUAGUAGAUGUUCCUUUUGCAUCAUUUUUCUUGAGUCAAUUACUUGGGCAAACUCAAGAAUUAUUGUACAGUUCAAUGGAUGAAUUACCUUCUUUAGAUAAUGAUUUGUAUAGAAACCUAACAUCUGUAAAACAUUAUGAGGGUGAUGUUUCAGAACUAGAUUUAACUUUUUCAGUAGUUGACAAUCAUCUAGGAAACUUAAUAACUCAUGAUUUAGUACCUGGUGGAAGAAUGAUCUCAGUUACAAAUCAAAACAAAAUCAACUAUGUGCAUUUGAUGGCUCAUUAUGUAAUGCACACCCAAAUCAAAACUCAAACUGCUGCUUUUAUUAAAGGAUUUAGAUCAGUAAUAAAUCCUGAUUGGUUAGCACUAUUUUCAACACCAGAACUUCAAAAAUUAAUGUCUGGGGACAAUGCCCCAAUUAAUUUGCAUGAUCUCAGAAAACAUACACAAUAUUAUGGUGGUUUUCAUGAUUCCCAUCGAGUAAUACUAUGGUUAUGGGAUGUUUUGCAAAAAGAUUUUACAGAGAAUGAAAGAGCACUUUUUCUUAAAUUUGUUACUAGCUGCUCAAAACCACCUUUACUUGGGUUCGCUCAUUUAGAACCUCCAUUUUCAAUAAGAUGUGUUGAAGUAGGCGAUGAUGAAGAUACUGGAGAUACUAUUGCAAGUGUAAUACGCGGAUUUUUUACUAUUCGUAAAAAGGAUCCACAGCUUCGAUUACCUUCUUCUUCUACAUGUUUUAAUUUACUCAAACUACCUAACUACCAAAAAAAAAGUAUCUUAAGAGAUAAACUAAGGUAUGCAAUAUCAUCCAAUACUGGCUUUGAACUUUCAUAAAAAUAUUAAUAAAAAAUAUCUAAUAAUUAUGUAUAACUUAGUACAUAUUUUUAUCAUUUUUAUACCCAAUAAAUAAGAGUAAUGAAAAUUUAUUGUGUACAUUUUACUUAAGGGAUGUGAAUUAAUUGUUGUAGUGUUUAGAAUUUUAAUUAUAUAAUAUUUAGUUUAUUAUCUAUCAAUUUAUAAAAUUAAAAAGUUCUAUUCAUAUAGGUAUAAAUAAUUUUAGUA